CAAAAAGAUCGUCUGACAAUAUCCCUCGUAAACUCGGGCAUUUUAGCGGCAACAAUUUCGACCACACAGAAUCCACAGAAUCUCGAAUCUUAGAUCUCACUUAGCCCUUUUACAGCCUCAAUCUUCGAAACUACAUAAGUAUCUCGUACAAGUAAUGUGAUGGUGAUUUGAGUGUUCAACUCGUUUCGCCGAAGCGUAGCCUUGCUCCAGUCGAGUCGCACAAAUCGAGAUAUCCCUCAUUAGACCUCGGUACUACGACGCGAUCUGCGACUAAAUUACUAUCUAUCUACGCUUACUGUUGUUUCGUGUUUAUUUUGAUGUUGAUGUCUGAAUACAGACUUCCGUUAAAUAGUCAAUAUCGAUAGUACCGAUCGCUAUGGUUUGAACUCCGCUUACGAUAUUUAGUUAUUCUUUAUCCUUAUUUCCCAUUGCCCCUAGAAUUAGGUAUUUGCUAUCAAGAUGGCUCCAUCGCUCAUUCGCGUUAAAUGCCUCCUCGCCGUCCUGUUUGCCGGUAGCGCUACCUAUGGAUUAUCCAGCCCCGGCGUGGACAAGUCGUCAUUGAUACAAGAAUGCCCGAUCUUCUUCGAUACGGUCAAGCGAUGCGAUCCUAUCGCGCCUGAAAGUUUCUUGCCUCCUCAUUUGGCGAGACUCGACAAGGACAAAGGAUCUCAUUCCCCAGAUCUGAACGUCCUCGUCGAUCUUCUUGACGCAAUGCAUGUCAUGCAGACGCAAUAUUUCGCGACGUGGCUCGGGACCUGGCCCGAGUCCAUCGACUGGACCGCGGCCGUUAUGGGUACCUACGUCUCGGGGGCCGUGCGUAGCCUUUCCGAGGCGUUGGUGCACAUCAACUCAGACGAAAAAAGCGCUAUAGACUUGAAAUUGGAGUUGAAUCUGGUCGACAAAUACUUCACUCAGAUUGCGGGGUAUUACUUUGGACAGGACGCGUUUGCGAUCCGCAACGAGGCAUACGAUGAUAUCCUCUGGGUGGUGCUCGGCUGGCUCGAGACCAUUCAGCUGGUGAGCAUGCACAGCGAUCUUCAUUUCAAGUCAAAUGAGCAAGGGGAGGUUGCUAAGCCCGAGACAAGUAAACAUCGAGGAAUCAAUGACUUCUUCUCGAACCAGCCUUACCAUGGAAAUCUCUGGGUUCCCGCGUUUGCUCAUCGUGCGCGAGUUUUUUGGGAUCUAGCAACCCACGGGUGGGAUACAAAGCUGUGCGGCGGCGGGAUGGUCUGGAACCCUCGUCUUUUGCCAUAUAAAAAUGCCAUUACCAACGAGCUAUUUAUCGCAGCUUCCAUAUCCAUGUAUUUAUACUUCCCUGGAGAUGACAACACUUCACCAUUCUUUAGUGCCGGCAACCCUGAGGCAUCCCCUCUUCAUGUGCCUAGCGGGCCGAGAGACGCGAAAUACCUGAAAGCUGCUGUGGAAGGCUAUAAGUGGCUUGUUGAUUCUAACAUGACCGACCGUAGGGGCCUUUACACUGACGGGUUCCACGUUAGCGGGUAUAGCGACACUGGGAAUAAUAACACGAAGUGCGAUCAGCGGAAUAACAUGGUUCUCUCGUAUAAUCAAGGCGUACUCCUCACGGGACUGCGCGGACUAUGGGAAGCAACCGGCGCCUCCUCAUUCCUUUUGGACGGGCACAAGUUGAUCCAGAACGUAAUCAAGGCAACCGGUUACAGUCUUGCCUGGGACGCGCCUCUCGAAACCCUCAUGAGGCUGUAUCCCGGGCAGCUCCCAAGAUGGCACGGUCUAGGCCGAGCAGGCGUGAUGGAAGACCCGUGCGACGCAAGCGGGACUUGCAGUCAAGACGGACAGACUUUCAAAGGCGUCUUCUUCCACCAUCUCACGGCCUUCUGCGCGCCACUGGUCGCGCCCGACACUAACGUCGACGAGCGCGCUUUUGACGCGGUCAAAAGUGCCCACAGCAGAGCCUGUUCAACCUACAGCGGCUGGCUAAAACACAACGCGCAGGCAGCGUUGCGCACCCGCGACGAACACGGCAAAUUCGGGCAAUGGUGGACGGCCGGGUUACUCGCGCACCGCUGGGCCGGCCCGUGGCCUACCAUGAAGGACGACGGGGUGCCGCAUAAAAACGGCAUCGACUACCGCAACUACGGCGUGCCGAACGACACCACAUGGCGGGCCGCGCCGCCUAGUAAAGACAAGCCUGGCGUCCACUUGCCAGUUGAAAGACCGUUCGCAGAUUCAGAUCAAGCGCAGAAACCCAUGCACGGCUCUGCGGAGAAAAAGAAACGCCAGGCGCAAGAUUCCAGCUCGAAAGACCCGAACACGCGCGGCCGCGGCAGAACAGUCGAGACCCAGGGCGGCGGACUGGCGCUGCUUCGAGCGUAUUGGAAGAUCGCGCACGCGCCUUAGUAAGGUAGCGCCGUCAGCGACUCUUUUCGGUCGAGUUAGUCAGAUAGAGCGGGUGCUGUCGUAAGCUUAUUUAUUAUUGGCAUUUGGUGGUAUAUAAUCCGAUCUAAGAGAGUCAGCAAGUCAGAUAGUCUCUCCAUAUCGAACCGCAUCGCGUGUACAUACAUAUACGAAUACCUAGGUAUCGUUAGGAGUGGAUAGUUGGUUUAGAGUGGGCGCAAUAUUAGGAGGUAGGUCUAAGCAUAGGUACACACAUACAAACACUAGACUAGCGGUUAGAUACAUAUUAUUCUGGAGACGACGACGACGGAUCUAGGUAGCGUAAGGUACAGUUUUGUCUGACCGGAUAGCUUCUAUUUAAGCUU